UGCAAAUGUAGGCUGAAAGAAACAAGCCUAGCUGUAGAACCUUCUUAAGAUCCUCACUAAUCUCUGCCUUGGCUAACUCGGAUUCAUAUAAAGAUCGCUCGCAUCGCCGGGCUGACAAGAACCCCUCUUUCUGAUGUCAGACACUACACUACCAGAGCAGCCUACAUCUACAUCAACAGCUCUCAUAUCUACCAAGACAUUCUCUGCGCUCGUCGCAAUAAUAGCAGUAGCCCUGGCGUUCUCUAGCUCCUUCCGCACCACCCUCUCUUCCCUCCUCACUAAGCCCACCGCCCGCACAAUGUCCACCGCCGCCGCCCCAGCCAGCAUGAAGAUCACAAAGCGACCUUGGUCGCAUCGCGGCCACGCCGACCACGACUGGCUGUACACAUACCACUCCUUCUCCUUCGCAUCGUACUAUGACCCACGCCACGAGUCCUGGGGCCCGUUGCGCGUCAUUAACGAAGACCGCGUCAAGCCCGGCACAGGCUUUGGCACGCAUUCGCACGCCGAGUUCCUGAUCUUCAGCUACAUCGUUGACGGCACGCUCGAGCAUAAGGACAGCAUGGGCAACUUGGAGAACUUGAAGCGCGGGGAGGUGCAGUUCACGAGCGCGGGUACGGGAAUCAGGCAUUCGGAGUACAACCGUAAUAAGGAUGACGAGGUGCAUUUCUUGCAGAUCUGGGCCAAGCCGAAUAAGAAGGGGCUGAAGCCGCAUUACGAGACGAAGAAGUUUAGUGAUGAGGAAAAGGUGGAUAAGCUGUGCAGGAUUAUGGAGUCGACGGACCGUCUUGGAGACAAGAAGCAUGCUAUUGGACUGCAAGCUGAUUUGAGUAUGGAUGCGAGUAUUCUUUCACCGGGCAAGAAGGUUACGCAUGAGGUUGUUGCUGAGGGGCCGAGGAAGCUGUUUGCGCAGGUUGUUAUGAGCAAGAGGGCGCAGCCGAAGACUGGUGCGCAGAUUAAGAUUGGUGAGACGGUGCUUGGGGAGGGUGAUGGUGCUUACAUCGACAAUGUGAGGGGUCCGGCAAGCAUCGAGAUUGAAAGUGUGGGAGACAAACCGGCUGAGUUCUUGCUGUUUGAUAUGGGUCCUGAGGAACAGUGAGGUAUGGCUGGCUAGGAUGUGAGCGUGGUUUUUGAGGGGGUUGAGUCAUUGUAGCCAACAAUAGAAUGUAUCACACACUUCAGACUUCGAUCAGAAUAUCUGUCGAUACCAACGAG